AUGAGCAACGAUGAGACGUCCAAUGCCACAGAUGAUGUCAUGCCUGAGGACAGUCACAUACCUGAAGAUGUGUUGGAAAGAAUGGUGGAUAAUCUGAAAAUCGAUGUAUCGUCGGCGAAAGUCGAUCCUGAUCGAUGGGUUCAGUUAUCGAAAGAAUGCAAGUAUCUUCCAGAGGAAGAGAUAAUCUCUUUGUGCAAUGUUUUAAUUUCUCGAUUAGCUCUGCUUCCUAAUGUAGUUAGUGUUGAUUCUCCUGUAACAGUUUGCGGUGAUAUUCACGGCCAAUACUUUGAUUUGAUUGAAUUAUUCAAAAUUGGUGGUGAUUUGCCUGACACGAAAUAUAUCUUCAUGGGUGAUUAUGUGGACAGAGGACAUCACAGUUUGGAAACUUGUACAUUAUUAUUUGCUCUCCUUCUACGUUAUCCUGAUAGAAUCACGUUGUUACGUGGAAAUCAUGAAUCUCGUAGAAUUUCUUCUGUUUAUGGCUUCUACGACGAAUGUCAAAACAAAUACGGACAUUCACUGGUAUAUCGAUGGUUUUGCAAAGUUUUCGAUAUGCUGCCUAUCGCAGCCAUUAUUGACGAUUCCGUCAUGUGUGUACAUGGAGGGCUUUCACCAGAAAUAAAAUCGAUCGAUAAGAUGAUGAGUCUGGAUAGAGCUGGUGAAAUUCCGAAUAAGGGUCCCCUCUGUGAUAUUAUGUGGUCGGAUCCUGAAGAUGAUCUCGAAGGUUACAUCAUGAGCCAGCGGGGAGCAGGAUGGUUGUUUGGUCAUAAUGUUGUAGCGAGCUUUUUGGAAACGAAUGGUUUGGAUCUCAUAUGUCGCUCUCAUCAGUUAGUUGACGAAGGGAUUAAAUAUAUGUUCGAUGAGAAAUUAUGUACUGUUUGGUCUGCUCCUAACUACUGUUAUCGAUGUGGUAAUCUAGCAGCAGUUCUAGCUUUAUCCCCAGAUGGAAGUAGAGAAGCUCGGGUUUUCGAAAGUGUCCCGGAACCGGACGGAGCUAAACCCGAGAGAAUACUGACACCAUACUUCCUGUAA